AUGCCACCUAGUGCUACAAGAAGAAAAAGAAGCGUCAAACAACAACACCGUGGCCAUUCUCCGUGGGACGACGACGACGAAGAAGAACACCACCACCACCAGCAUCAGCCACGUUCCAAUGCACGUUCUACCAUAGUUCUACUCUCUUCGUACUUGUUCGAGUGCAUGACUUCUACGAUGCCCUCCCCGAUGAACCAGGAACUCGCCCAGAAACCGCCAUGUAGUAGAAUAAUAUUCCUCAACGUUGCUGCCCUGUCAUGCUUGAUAUUCAACUGUAUGGAGCUCCAAAUAUACAGCAACGCGCUCGCAGGUUCGAGCCAUCUCAGAAAAGUCGCCGAAGAAACCAAGCUUCCAAGCAUCUCAGUCUUAACGGCUGUGCUGUUCAUCAAAGUGUUCGAGUGUUCUCUGAACGCCAUCUCCGACGUUGCAUUCGUUUGUUCUCAAUGCAUGGGCAACCAGCUGUGUUUUUAUUCUUUCCUGGUCUGGAAUGCCAUAAGCAUAGCCGUCUGUUUCGCAUGCGACACCACGCUGCGUUAUACCGUGCCUCAGGCUCUGGUUCAACUUGAAACAGCCACGGAAAAUGAAUAUCUCAUGCAGGCCACAACCGAAGAGAGCGAUGCUUCGACGCAGAGCGAGGAGGCAAACUACGAAAAACAAGUUACCGCCGCAAAGUUAACCAGGAGGCGGCAUUUACUGGCUGCGAACAUAUUACAGAGUAUUCUACCUGGCCACUCGAUCGCCACAAAUGUGGUGCAGGUGAUGUUCAAGAUUAUGAUGCUGAUGAUGUUUAAGCAGUACAUCGACAUGAUACAGUCGACUGCGGAGCCACCCGCUAUCGGUGACGAAUCGGGAACGCAAGUGCGCCGUUGCACCCAGCAGCAUCUCCGCGAGGUCCAGGCUGAAGUCUACGCGCUCCAGCUCCAGUAUGACAAAUCGCACGAAGCUGACAAGACGCCAGAGUCGGUGUCCUCGCCACCACCACCCUUUGCUGAACGCCUCUGCACGGUCCGUCACUCAGUAUGACGUGUUUGUGGUUGGUGACGUGUGGUUGUGUCCUGUUGAAAAGCGGAACUGCUGCCCCGUACAUACAGAACUAACACGACUGUAAUUUUUUUCUAAGUAAUAAUUAUAACGAUGA